AUGGACGGGGACCACGUUGUGGACUCGCAAGCCGAGUCCAAGUCCGUCACAAGCACGCCAGAGGCGAUGCCGAAUGCUCCCGAAGCAGUGGAACAAUCUCCCAACACAACCAGUGUGAAAGGGGCAAUACAGGAUGAUGAAGCAAGCCGGUUACGAGAACUCGAGGCGAGUAUCCGUGAUCAAGAUGAUCUCGAGAGAGAUAUUGGCCGUCAGGCCGAUCAACUGCUCAUGGAGCAGGAGGAUGAGCGUGACAACAAGAGACUAGAGCGCACCAUGAACGAGAAGAAAAAACUCGAGAUGCAAGUCGUCAAGUUAUACCAACGCCUCUCACAACCUGUCGGUCCCGCGCAGGGUGUUCGCAUCCAGUCCGAGAUUACAAAGGCACAGUCCCGCAUAUCCGCCCUCGAAGUUGACUUGAAGGAGAUCCAGCAGCGCAUCGAUGAACGCCAUCAGAAGCAAAAUGCGGUCCAAGCGACGGAGAGUGGGAGGCUGCCGAAUGAGUCACGAAGAGACUACCUUAUUCGGACAGGCAAGAUCACCCCGUUCUCAAAGAUCAGUGCGGGACCAAAAGAGGGCCCUUUAGCAAGCCUACAUGACGCCUUGAUCGAUGCUGAAGACGAGCGCGAUGAGGCUGAAGCGCUGGAGCAAGCCAAACACAGAGGCGCCGUCUCCCACCGCGAACUCCGGCUUCCUGGCCUUGACUUUAGUGAUGCAGGCGAAGAGAUCUCGGAAGAGGAAGAAGAUUUUGCGCCUGAGCGUCCUCAGAAAAGGAGAAGACUAUUAUCCCGCGAUUCUCGAAAAGCCGCCGAGAAAUCUGGGAGAAAGGCUACGACGAGAGAUAAAGAUGACUCGCUCACUUAUGUCGACAGUGAAGUAAGUGAAACGACAUCAGUAGACGAGUAUGAGUAUACUCGUAGGGAACCUUCGAGGAGGAGGGCGCCUAAGGAAGCAAGCCCUACAGACGGCGAAGUGGAGGAUCUUCGCGGACUCGAUGAUGGGAACGAAGAUUUUUAUCAGCGUCGACUCAAGCGCUGGGUACAACGAAGAGCGGCAGCCCGCAAGCGCGCUGCUAAGACCAAAACCGAAACAGUGGAGGGCAACACGCAUGAAGAACAUAUGGACGACAGUCAUCAAACUGCUCAGACAGAGGAAUGGUUCUUGCCACACCCGACAGUUCCAGAUGCCGAGUUUGAUGGAGGCUUCCGGUUGCCCGGAGAUAUCUAUCCAGUUCUCUUUGACUACCAGAAGACCGGGGUCCAAUGGCUCUGGGAGCUUUAUCAACAACAGGUUGGGGGGAUCAUCGGAGAUGAGAUGGGACUGGGAAAGACCAUUCAAGUCAUCUCGUUUUUGGCUGGCCUUCACUAUAGUAGGAAGCUGACAAAGCCUGUCAUUGUGGUGACCCCGGCAACCGUCAUGAAGCAGUGGGUGACUGAGUUCCAUCGCUGGUGGCCUCCAUUUCGGGUGUCCAUUUUACAUACCUCAGGCAGUGGUAUGAUCAAUAUCAAGAGUGAAAGCAGCCGAGAAAAUGCUCUGGCCUCUCAGAUGUGGGAUCCCAAGCGGUCUUAUGGUACCACCAAAACUCAAAAGGUGGCAAAGAAAAUUGUGAAACGAGUGGUUGAAGAAGGUCACGUCCUCGUCACCACUUAUUCGGGUCUGCAAACAUAUGCCCCGGUUCUGAUCCCGGUCGAAUGGGGAUGUGCCAUUCUCGACGAAGGACACAAGAUUCGUAACCCGAACACGGCGAUUACCAUCCACUGUAAGGAGCUCCGGACGCCACAUCGUCUGAUUCUGUCCGGCACUCCGAUGCAGAACAACCUGACGGAGCUCUGGUCAUUGUUUGACUUCGUCUUUCCGAUGCGCCUAGGGACGCUGGUCGACUUUCGAAACCAGUUUGAAUUUCCCAUUCGUCAAGGCGGUUAUGCAAAUGCGACGAAUCUGCAAGUGCAGACGGCUGCGAGAUGUGCAGAGACCUUAAAGGAUGCCAUCAGUCCUUACCUCCUGCAGAGAUUCAAGGUCGAUGUUGCGGCGGAUCUUCCCAAGAAAAGCGAACAGGUACUGUUCUGUAAGCUGACACCACUCCAGAGGAAAGCCUACGAGGUCUUCCUCCAAUCAGAGGAGAUGGCGGCCAUUUUUGCCGGGCGAAGACAGGUACUCUAUGGGGUUGACGUGCUCCGCAAGAUUUGCAAUCAUCCUGAUCUGCAGAACCACAAGCUGCUAUCAUCAGAAGCCGGCUAUGAUUACGGUAGUCCUGCGAAAUCGGGGAAGAUGCAGGUCGUCAAGUCUUUGCUUGAAUUGUGGAAGGACACGGGCCACAAGACUUUGUUAUUUGCGCAGCAUCGGAUCAUGCUCGACAUUCUCGAGAAAUUUAUCAAGUCCUUACCAGGUUUCAAGUAUCGGAGGAUGGAUGGAGACACUCCCAUUCAACACCGUCAAAACCUAGUUGACGAGUUCAACAAUAGUCCAGAUUUGCACGUGUUUUUGCUCACCACCAAGGUUGGAGGGCUCGGCGUCAAUCUGACGGGAGCUGACCGGGUCAUCAUAUAUGACCCUGAUUGGAAUCCGUCUACUGAUGUACAGGCCCGCGAAAGAGCAUGGAGGCUCGGUCAAAAACGCGACGUCAGCAUCUACCGCCUCAUGACGGCAGGCACUAUCGAGGAGAAGAUUUAUCAUAGACAAAUCUUCAAACAAUUCCUCACGAAUAAAGUUCUCAAGGAUCCGAAACAGCGGCAGACCUUCGACAUGAGCAACCUGCACGACCUCUUUUCGCUGGGGAACGAUGGGCCCACAGAGACAAGUUCUCUUUUCAAGGACGCGAAGGUAACAUACCAGGCAGCGGACCACACCUCGAAGUCUGGUUCAAAAGCCACCACCAGCAAGAGCAACCCGACCCCAGAUCCUCAGGAUGACAAGGCGGAUAUCAAAAAUGUCGCCGGAGUCGCGGCCAUGGAGCAGUAUCAAGACGAUGAAGAGCAAAGCGGUGAGGCCAAUACAUCGGGGGCUCCCAACUCGGAGGCUCGAUUGAUGGAGAGCAUCUUUGCGCGUUCCGGUGUUCAUUCAGCUCUUGAGCACGACCAAAUUGUGAAUGGGAAACGUGUAGUGACGGCCGACCCCAAGAUCAUCGAAGCAGAAGCCAAGCGAGUGGCUGCGCAAGCUGCCGCUGAACUGCGCAAAGCUGGAGAGGCGGCACGAUCCGUUCCCAUUGGGACGCCGACCUGGACUGGCCAGUUCGGUAUCGCCGGCAGACCUGAAGAAACUGCCCAGCCUGCAGUCGGAGGCGCCAGCAGCACAGCCCGCCGGGCCGGAGCAGGUCCAUCUUCAGCAAGCAUUCUGGCGAACCUCGCCAACCGAUCCGGUCAAGGCACGUCUCGCAAUAGUAAUAGUCCGGCCCCCGCAGGUGGUCUGAAUUUCAUGACAAUGAUCCGGGACUUCAUGCUCGCACAUGGAGGAUCAGUGUACACCCAGAUGCUGAUCGACCACUUCAAUCGGUUCUGCACGACGCCGCAGCGAUCAGCCGAGUUUAAGGAGAUGCUCAAGACGAUCGCUGUGUUGGAGAAGGGAGGCCGGAAUGGUCGUGGCAGGUGGUCGUUGAAGGAAGAGAUGCGAAAUAUAGAUGAUACCCUUGGUUAUGGAAUAGAGUUUCAUGAUUAA